UUCUCACACCUUCCACCUUCAACAACAAACGAAACAUUCUUCUCCUUUAUUUUCGUGGAAAUCCGAGACCCCCAUAAUUCUGUUUUUCUGGCUUUUUUCCCCUUUUUGUUGGAAUAAUAAACAUUGAUCUUUUGGUAUUUUUGUGAAUGGUGGAAACGAUUCGGAGCUCUAGUAUUUUGAUGCUCUCCCUUUGCAAAUCCAGGGCGAGCGCACUCCUUCCUGUUUCCUCCGCUUCUGCUUUCGCAUUCGGUUCUUGCAAAGAAGGCUGGUACUACCGCUGCCUCGGCCUUGACCCAUAAACAAACAACAAACCCCUUGAAAAAAUCGCAGUACUUUCCCCACCAAUUACCCAGAUUUUGUUUCGGUGAAAUUAUUCAUUCAAUUUUCUUGGUUUAGAUUCUUUCUUUAUUUUAUUGUUUUUGGGUUCUUUAUUUAAAAAAAAUCGAAAGGAUGUUGCUUUACAAGCAGAAGAAGAACCAGGGUCCCAAGGGAAACCGACUCUUGAUUAGCGUUACCGUUCUCGGUAGCGCUGGACCGAUCCGUUUUGUUGUUAACGAGGAAGAGCUCGUUGCUGCUGUCAUUGAUACUGCUUUGAAAUCUUAUGCUCGUGAGGGUCGCCUCCCUGUUCUCGGUUCCAAUCUUAAUGAUUUUCUCCUUUAUUGCCCCAGUUCUGGAUCAGAUGCACUGAGUACAUGGGAAACUAUUGGAUCACAAGGGUCACGUAAUUUCAUACUGUGCAAGAAGCCGAGGACUGAAAAGAUAGAAAACAAUGGAAAAUCGGCUGGAUCGAUUACUAGGAAGUCACCUGGGAACUGGAAGGCAUGGUUCAAUAAAUCCCUUAACCUUAAGUUUUCCUCCCAUUAAACUAAACCCAUAUACAUUAUGCUUCCUUGGGUUCAGCUUUAUAUAGAAAUAAAGUGCUGAAAGUUAGGCUAUCAUUAGUGAUGGCCAUGGUAGAAUGUUGCGUUUUUAUGUUUUCCACCUUAAUGUUCUCAUGUAACUGAGAAAAGACCUGCAGUAAUAAAUAAUCCUUGUUUUCCAGUGUUUUUGCAUUGCAAUAAAGAAGGAACAUUUAUGGUGUGCUUAA